AUGGCCGACCCUAAGAAGAAAGAGAAAGAUUUCACCGCCGAGGUCGACGCUAUCUUGCCGGAGGCGACGUCCAUAGCUAAGUCGGGCAAGUUGCAGGACGCGGUCGAUAAGCUUCUCGUACUAGAGAAGCAAACGCGAAAUGCUUCGGACGUUCAGUCCACUACACGGCUUGUGACCACGGUCUGCGAACUAUGCUAUGAGGCUCGGGAUUAUGCUCUGCUGAACUCGAAUAUCAACAUCUUGAGCAAGAAGCAUGGACAGUUCAAGGCGACUGUUCAAGCCAUGGUGGAGCGCGUCAUGGAAUGGCUGGAGGAGAUUAGGGAGAGGGAAGGGAUAGAGAAGUGGCUAGAACUGGUUGAGACAUUGCGGAGCGUGACGGAAGGAAAGAUCUUCUUGGAGACACCUCGAGCACGCGUGACUCUCCUACUUGCCCACUACCAUGAAGCACUCUCGAAAAAACCCACAUCCACAUCCCCUUCUCCAAAAGACUCCCUCCAGACCGCCUCUGACCUCCUUUCCGAGCUUCAAGUCGAAACAUACUCUUCGAUGGAGCGGCGAGAAAAGACCGAGUUCCUCCUGGAGCAAAUGCGUCUGCUGAUCGCUGUGGCGAGGCAGAAGGACUCGGAAGUUGACAAAGACAAGAAAGAGUCACUAGCCGGUGGUGAUGCUGAGUGGGUCAAGGUGAAGGUGGGCGGCAGGAAAGUCAAUGAGGAGUUCCUGAAGGAAAAGGAAAACGAGGAUCUCAAACUGAAAUACUACGACCUCAUGAUUCAACAUGCCCUGCAUCAUAAUGCAUACUUGGAUUGUGCCAAGUACUACUACAAAGUAUGGGAGACGCCGUCAAUAAAAGAGGAUGAGAAAGGGAAGGGCCGCGCGGCAUUGGAACAUAUUGUGUACUAUAUCGUGCUCGCUCCCCACGACAAUGAACAAUCUGACAUGCUGCACCAUCUGUUCGUCGACCCGGCUUUGUCAAAGCUCGAGUUACAAUACAACCUCGUGAAAUGCUUCACCACGCCUGAAUUGAUGCGAUGGCCCGGGAUCGAGAGCAUAUAUGGACCUUUCUUGCGGACCACGCCCGUCUUCAGCUCUGAUUCACGGUGGGAAGACCUUCACACCCGAGUCAUUGAACACAACCUCCGCGUCGUGGCACAGUACUACACGCGUAUCAAGCUUCCGAGACUAACAGCCUUGCUUGACCUUACUCCUCAACAAACCGAGGAGACCCUGUCUCGGCUUGUGGUGUCUGGCACGAUCUGGGCUCGGAUCGAUAGGCCAGCAGGCGUCGUGAACUUCCGGGCAAAGAGGAGUGCGGAGGAUGUUAUGAACGAUUGGAGUUCAGAUAUGCAGAAGCUGCUGGGCCUGGUCGAGAAGGCGUGGAUGGGUAUGAAUGCCGCUCAAGCUGCACAGUCUAGA